AGCAAGCAGCUCCCGCGGCACAGCCAAGCUGCUCGAGGCUCAGUCGUUGGUCAUUCGGCACCGAGUCGAGAUAACCGUAGCAUGUGCAGCUCAACAAUCGUAUCAAGCAGCAGUAGCCGUCGUCGCACGCAGCAGAAGGAGCAGGAGGGCCAUCAUCGGGAGGUCGUGCUCUCGAGGAAACAUUGCAAAAAGUGCCAGCUCAACGGGAAACCGGCCCACAAGCUCGACAUCCACGGCUACCGCUAGCCACGCACUUUAUUAUUUAACUUUUCUUUGAAUUCUCACUUUGGAUUCAUAGGUGAAUGUAUGUUCAUUAUUUAUACAUUACACCGAGUUUUUUUGCUAUAAACGCGCGCGCGACAUAUUCUACUUUUAAACGUUGUGUGUUUCGUUGUUCUUGUCCUUAAUUUUCCUGCAAAAUCUUUGGUUUUCUGUCCUGCAAUCGGUUUUGACUGUUUUUGCUCCGAAACACUCGAGACAAAAAUAUUAAAGGGAAGAAAUCAGCUGACAACGUGAAAACAAAUGUCGCGAUUGUCGUAGAGUACAAAAAAAUCGGUGAGCUAUCUUUGAUUUUGCGCUGCUGCUGAACCAGAGGAAAAGUUGCAAAGGGAACACGAGAAAAAGUAAGAAUAUAAGAAGAAGAAGAAGAGUGCUGUGCGUGUGAGAGAGUGUCCAAGAGCCGAUUAUUAUAUUAUACAAGUACACUGCGCGUAUACCUGAAUAUACCAUCCCUAUACACACACACUCAUAAUAUACAUAUAGAAAGAGAGAGAGAGAGAGAGAGAAAAGGAUCAUCAAAGGCGUCAGGAUGUUGAGCUGUUGCACGAGCAAACCGGUGGCCCUAGCCAACGGCUGCGAGACUCUGCUCAGCAAGUGCGAGAUCCCGAUCAUCGACCUCGCACACGUGGGUACGGAGAGAUGCCCGCAGAAGGGAGUCGUGAAGCAGGUCGCUACAAAGCUGGCCGAGGCGCUCUCCGAAAAGGGACUCGCUCUCCUGGUGAACCAUGGCAUUCCCGACUGCAAGCUCAAAGCAGUGUACAGAGCCAUGGAUGAAUUCUGCGAGCUGCCCGAGGAGGCGCGCCUCAAGUACGAGCGCACUGCACCCUCGAAUCACGGUUACGUCAAACCUGGAGUGGAAAGAAUGACCAAAGAGGAGGAGGAGGAAGCGCGGCACUUGUUCAACGCGACGGGAUCGGGUGGUCCGAUGCCCGACGAGGAGGUACCGGGUUUCGGCAGCGCCGUCAAGGAGCUGUCUCGGGAUUUCAAGCAAUUGACCACGAUGUUAUUAACCGCACUGGCCGUGGGUUUGGACAAGACCCCGGAUUUUUUCCUGUCGAAGCACUCGAAGAUUCUCGAGCCGGGCAACGAGUCGACCCUUAGACUACUUUACUAUCCGGCCCUGGGCGCUCCCGAGCCCGGCGACACGCGUUGCGACGCCCACUGUGACUACAGCACUUUCACUCUCAUCGCUCAGGACUGCGAGGGCGGCUUCGAGGUGCAGAGCCCCCGGAGCGAGCGGUGGGUCCGCGUAGGCCACUUGCCAGGUGCCAUCCUCGUUAACAGCGGCGACCUCCUAAGCUGCUGGACAACCGGGGUCCUGCCGGCCCUGCGCCACCGGGUAGUCCCACUAGCUCCACGUUGUCGUCGCCACAGUAUCGCCUUCUACGUCCGGCCGGACGACGACGUGGCCAUCGAGCCCUUCGCCUUCGACGUCAAGCUCCCCGGCAGCCAGGAACAAUCCGCGCCCUGCCGCCUCCAGAAAAAGAAGAAGGGCGUCCUCACAGCCUACCACCACCUCCAGCGCCGUUUUCGCGAGACUUACGCCUCUUAACGGCGACUCAUAGGGGCUGCCACCGACGCCCCGUACCCUCGUCUCUUUAUUUAUUUGUUAACUUUGCGACGUGUAUGUUUACAAACAACGCACCUCCGUGUGAGUGUAAUAUGAGGGUGUAUUGCAUCGUGCACAUGAGCGCGAUGGUUGAGUUUUGGAUCAUCAGAGGAUCAGAGAGUCUUUGCGGGUGUACAUGUUAUUGUGAAAACGAUAGUUGUAAUCGGGUGCGAUUGGAGAGCGAUUGUCUGAAUUGUUUUUUUCUCUCCCACUCUUUUUCACGUGUAUUGAGUAUAGUAGGGGAUGUGCUACUGUAAUCAUGCUCGUGACAACUUUUAGGCGCAAAAUUUGUCGUUUGGAAAAGUAUUUUAGCCGCGUGUUUUGUGAUUUAGCUUUUACGAUCAAUCGUGUACUUUAUUUCGGCGUAAUUGAUUGUUGGUAAAAAUUUUAUUGAAUUUUUUUUUUUGUAGUAGUAAGAGUGGAAUUUUAUGUCAAUCACUGAAAAGUAGAAAAAUACUUAUUGCAUACUUCGUUUUCUGCGCUGGAGUUUUUAUGAAGGAAACACAAACAAAAGUGUAGUUCGGGAAAAAUAUUUUUUUACCCGAUGUUUGACAAUUAAAAGUAUCUUCUGUAUAAUAAUGUAUAAAUUGUAUAUUUUUUAGCCAAUCUCGAAUGUUCAUAUUUGAUCAUAAUUUACCUCAUAACGUAAUAUGUAUUAUACUUUACUCAUGAAAAUUCACAACUCAUUCUUAUGCAGAUUUUGGCGUAUUUUGUGCAGAAAAAAUAAAAAUAGCUGAAAUUUUUAUUAGUGAAGAUUUAAUGGAAUAAUUUAUAUCACGGCAUACAUUUUUCACAUGUAAAUUUUAAACGCACACCUGCAGACAUGCAAAACUCGCAUUUGAAAAGUAAAAUAAAUCUUUUCUCCAUAAAACCUUUUUCCGAUUUUCUGCAUUUUUUCCUGUAGUUACUCGAUUCGUGCCUGUCAACUUGGACUUUGAUGCAAAGCGUAUCUUUAUAAAAGGCAUUUAUUUUUGUGUAGAAACUAUUCGAACUCGAAAAUGUGUGCAUUCUUUGUUAUUAGAAAAAGGAAAUUUUCAUCUCUGAAAUUGAACAAGGUGCCAAAGUUGAGCGACGGUAGGCCGAUCGAUUUUAAAGAAAUGGUGAUGAACAAUGGUGUGUACAAACGAAAAA